UUUAAUAUAGUAUAAUUGAAUAUACAAAAAUUCUUAAAAAUGUUUACAGUGUUCAAUAUGUCUGAAUCUAUGGAUACUUCUGAACCUUCUAAAGAAAAUAUAUCUGCGCAGCCUGAUAUAUCUAUUCAAACUGAUAUUAGCGAGAAGAAGAAGCCAACAUGUAUCAUUAUUCUUGGAAUGGCUGGAUCUGGAAAAACUACAUUUGUACAAAAACUUGUUUCAAUAUUGUAUAACAUAGGAAAACCAUAUGUCAUAAAUUUGGAUCCUGCAUGUUCAGAAGUACCUUAUCCUAUUAAUAUAGAUAUUAGAGAUACUGUCAAUUACAAGCAAGUAAUGAAACAAUAUAGUUUAGGACCAAAUGGUGGUAUUGUUACUGCCUUAAAUCUUUUUUCCACAAAAUUUGAUCAAAUUAUAGAACUUAUUGACAAAGCAGGCAAAGAACAUGAAUAUGUAAUUUUGGAUACUCCUGGACAAAUUGAAGUUUUCACGUGGUCAGCAAGUGGUACGAUCAUAACAGAAGCUUUAGCAUCUGAAUUUCCAACAAUUAUAGUAUACAUAUUGGAUACUGUAAGAAGUGUGAAUCCUGUAACAUUUAUGUCCAACAUGCUUUAUGCAUGUUCUAUACUUUAUAAAACUAAAUUACCAUUUAUUGUUACUAUGAAUAAGAUCGACAUUGUAGAACAUAGUUAUGCAGUAGACUGGAUGCAGGAUUUUGAGGCAUUCCAGGAAGCUUUGGAUUCAGAAACAAGUUACAUUAGUAAUUUAACACGUAGCAUGGCUCUUACACUUGAUGAAUUUUAUAGUAAUUUACGUAGUUGUGGAGUUUCUGCUGCAACAGGGGCUGGUAUUACUAAGUUCCUUGAACUUGUUAAAGAUGCGAAAGAAGAAUAUGAAAGGGAAUAUAAGAAAAUGUGGAGGAAAGUGAAAGUAAAACGAGACGCUCAACGACAAAGAGCAGAAAAAGAACAACUUGAGAAAGCAACUCGGGAAGUUGCAGGAGAAGAUGUACCAUUAAUAACAACAGUUAAUAGUGGAAGAGAAAUUUCAGACAUAUAUUUGAAACACCCUUGUAAUGAAUCGAGUGAAGACGAAGAAGGUAGCGAAAAUCCAUUUAAAAGAGAAGAGGAAGACGAAGAGGAUAAAAUGGAAGCAGAGUCUUUUAAAAAUUUCUUGAACAGACACAAAAUGCAGCAGCAAAAGAAGCGUAUGCUUAAUCAACCCACGACAAGUAGUAAUACAUAAUUUAAAGAGAAUGAAUUUUGUUAUUAAGAAAUGAAUUUAAUUAUAAAUGCAUUAUAUUUUGAACUUUGUAUUUUAUAAUAUUACAUACUUAAUAGAAAAUGUUA